AUGAUAAGGCCGUCAGAUUCUGCUCCCAAAAAGGACGCCAAGCAGGGCGAAAUCGACAUCCGAGCCCUUCAGCAAAAGCGCCAGCUAGCCGAGAUCACCAGGAAUCGAAUCGAAGAGGACAUGCGCGAGAACCACCCAUUUUUCGAUCGGCCUCUCUUUAUCGUGGGCCGGGCGUCGAAGAUCCGCGAAUUCUGCAAGAAAAUCGUGCACGCAAAGUACGACAUGAGCGAGGAGACGUCGCUUGGAGGGGCCGUCAAAGGGCAGCGCCAAUAUAAGGAGCUACACGCGCUGUUGGGGCUGAUGCCAUACCUGGACUGGUCGAUGGUGUUCAUCACCGUCAUCUCGUGCGUGUCGAUGCUGUUUGAGAGUCCCUGGCCCACCACGGCCGCCUAUUUGGUGAUGAACAACUUUUAUUUGAGGAUUGCCGACUACAUGUUCGUCCUCUGCAUGACCCUCGAGCUGCUCCUCAAAAUCACUUCCAACGGCCUAUUCUUCACCCCGAACGCCGUCGUCCGAGAUGUGGGCGGUGUAAUGACAAUGUUCAUCUACUUUACGUCCGUCAUCUUCCUGUUCUGGAUGCCCGAAUCGGUGGAGAUCAACUCACUCGCCCAGAUGCUUAUGAUUUGCCGAGCCAUGCGGCCAUUACGAAUCUACACCCUGGUUCCGCACAUCCGGAGGGUCGUCGUCGAGUUUUUCCGCGGGCUGAAGGAGAUUUUAUUGGUAACCAUCCUCCUCAUCGUGGUCAUGUUCAUCUUCGCCUCCUUCGGCGUGCAAAUCGUUGGCGGGAAGCUGGCCGCUUGUAAUGAUCCAACCAUCACGACACGUGACAACUGCACUGGCCUAUUCGAGCAGAAGAUCUUUGUCACGAGGAUGGAGGUGUAUGGGAAGAAUGAUGAAGCCCUUCAUCCAAAGAUAUUGGUGCCACGAGUAUGGACCAAUCCUCGUAACUUCAACUUUGAUCAUAUCGGGAAUGCGAUGUUGGCUCUUUUCGAGACGCUAUCGUAUAAGGGCUGGAACGUCAUUCGGGAUAUACUGUAUCAACGGCAUGGAGCGUGGGCGGUCGUCUUCAUCCACAUCUACGUGUUCAUCGGCUGUAUGAUCGGUCUGACCCUGUUCGUGGGCGUGGUCAUCGCCAACUACACGGAGAACCGAGGAACGGCUCUUCUCACCGUCGAUCAGAGGAGAUGGCACGAUCUGAAGGCUCGAUUGAAAAUGGCCCAGCCACUCCACGUGCCGCCCAAACCCCGCACUUUUAAUCAGAUUUUUGCCCUGCUGGUGGUGCUGAACUCGGCGACCCUGAUGGUGCCUUGGAAUGUGGAGGAGGAGGAUGAGCGGAUGGAGUUUCUAUUUGCCGUUACUUCGAUGGCUGCUCUUAUUAAUGUGUUGUUUGCCGUUGAGAUCGUCCUCAAAGUCGUAGCAUUCACCGCCAGCGGUUUCUGGCAGUCCCGUCGAAACCGGCUUGAUCUCGUCAUCACUGCACUUGGGCUUCUCUGGGUGGUGCUCCACUUCUUCAUCGCCGUCCCCCGGAUGGAGCUGAGCACCGAUUUGAGGAAGUUCACCUACACGUUCGGCUACAUUGUCGUCAUUCUGCGCUUUUUUACGAUUGCAGGCCGCAACACCACCCUGAAAAUGCUGAUGAACACUGUGGUGAUGUCGAUGUUCCGCUCAUUUUUCAUCAUCACCGCCAUGUUCCUAUUAGUGCUGUUCUACGCGUAUACGGGCGUCAUCCUCUUCGGCAUGGUCAAAUACGGGCAGGCCGUCAGCAAACAUGUCAAUUUCCGAACGGGUAGUGAGGCGCUGGUUGUAUUGUUUCGGAGCAUCACUGGGGAGGAUUGGAACGAUAUUAUGCAUGAUUGCAUGCGCAGCCCCCCGUUCUGCUACUGGCACGAGGGGAUGAACUACUGGCAGACGGACUGUGGCAACUACUACGGGGCCAUCAUCUAUUUCUGCUCCUUCUACCUGAUCAUCACCUAUAUUGUGCGCAAUCUCCUCGUCGCCAUCAUUAUGGAGAACUUUUCGCUGUUCUACUCGAGUGAAGAGGAUGCACUGCUGUCAUAUGCUGAUAUCAGGAAUUUCCAGCUUGUUUGGAAUAUGGUGGAUCGGGAGCAGAAGAGGGCAAUUCCUGUUGGAAGGGUCAAGUUUUUGUUGAGACUCCUAAAAGGCCGGUUAGAAGUGGACCCGGAUAAGGAUCGCAUCCUAUUCAAACAUAUGUGUUACGAGAUGGAACGGCUACACAAUGGCGACGAUGUCUCAUUCCACGAUGUGCUUUACAUGCUCUCCUACCGCUCGGUGGACAUUCGAAAAUCGCUGCAGCUCGAGGAGUUGCUGCAACGUGAGGAGCUCGAGUUUAUCAUCGAGGAAGAGGUUGCAAAGCAAACGAUCCGAACUUGGCUGGAGACUUGUCUGCGGAGGAUUCGUAACCCGAAACAGAAAGACUCUUUCGCCGAUAUGCACAAAUAUCCAAAUCCGUUGUCAGCAGACAUCGACCCUCUUCCACGAGGCGGCCCGGAAAGGAGCGCUUCGGAACAUAAGAAGAGUAUCGCACCCAAGCAGCUUCAUCUUUCCGUCUACGACCUCCCAGACGUUGAGGAAAGGGAAGAAGCCCUGUUCUCCCCUCCAAAGCCAUUCCCUGAUGAGCCGGAAUCAAGUCGAGGAAUGGCCUUUAUCGCUCACGCUUUUGGGCUUGACAAGAAGGAAGCUGGAGCCCAACCAUCCCCAAAACUCGGCGAGAGCCCGAUGAAGGCGGCCCUCGACGUGAAUGAAUGGUGGGCCACGCUGAGCCCAUGCGAC